AUGGGCGGGAAGCCCGCGAGGCGGCGCGCAGGAAGCACUUCCGCCCGUUCUCCUUCCCGCAGUCCGCGGCGGGGCAAGAUGGCGGCGCUCAGGGCUCUGCGUAGCCUCCGCGGCGUGGCGGCCCAGGCGCUGCGGUCCGGGGUCGGGGGCCGGCUGCCCGUUCAGCCCAGCAGAGGUUCUCGGCAAUGGCAGCCAGAUAUGGAAUGGGCAGAGCAGUUUGGGGGAGCGGUCAUGUACCCCACCAAGGAAACGGCCCACUGGAAGCCUCCGCCUUGGAAUGAUGUGGACCCUCCAAAGGACACAAUGGUGACGAACCUGACCCUGAACUUUGGGCCCCAGCACCCAGCAGCCCAUGGAGUCCUGCGACUAGUGAUGGAGUUGAGUGGGGAGAUGGUGCGCAAGUGUGACCCCCACAUCGGGCUGCUGCACCGAGGAACUGAGAAGCUCAUUGAAUACAAGACCUAUCUGCAGGCUCUUCCAUACUUUGACCGGCUAGACUAUGUGUCCAUGAUGUGUAAUGAGCAGGCCUACUCACUGGCUGUGGAGAAGUUACUCAACAUCCAGCCUCCGCCCCGGGCACAGUGGAUCCGAGUGCUGUUUGGAGAAAUCACACGGCUUUUGAACCACAUUAUGGCUGUGACCACACAUGCCCUGGACAUUGGGGCUAUGACCCCUUUCUUCUGGAUGUUUGAAGAGAGGGAGAAGAUGUUUGAAUUCUACGAGCGCGUGUCUGGGGCUCGGAUGCAUGCUGCCUACGUCCGGCCAGGAGGUGUGCACCAGGACCUACCCCUUGGGCUUAUGGAUGACAUUUAUGAGUUUUCUAAGAACUUCUCACUUCGGAUUGAUGAGUUGGAAGAGAUGCUGACCAACAACAGGAUCUGGCGAAAUCGGACAGUCGACAUUGGGGUCGUAACAGCCGAAGACGCACUUAACUAUGGAUUUAGUGGCGUGAUGCUGCGGGGCUCAGGCAUCCAGUGGGACCUGCGGAAGACCCAGCCCUAUGAUGUGUACGACCAGGUGGACUUUGAUGUUCCUAUAGGCUCUCGAGGGGACUGCUACGACAGGUACCUGUGUCGGGUAGAGGAGAUGCGCCAGUCCCUUCGGAUCAUCUUGCAGUGUCUCAACAAGAUGCCUCCUGGGGAGAUCAAGGUCGAUGAUGCCAAAGUGUCUCCGCCUAAGCGAGCAGAGAUGAAGACUUCCAUGGAAUCACUGAUCCACCAUUUUAAGUUGUAUACAGAGGGCUACCAGGUUCCCCCGGGGGCCACGUACACCGCCAUCGAGGCUCCUAAGGGAGAGUUCGGGGUGUACCUGGUGUCCGAUGGCAGUAGCCGCCCUUACCGAUGCAAGAUCAAGGCUCCUGGUUUCGCCCACCUGGCCGGUUUGGACAAGAUGUCAAAGGGACACAUGCUGGCGGACGUUGUUGCCAUUAUAGGUACCCAAGAUAUUGUGUUCGGAGAAGUGGAUCGGUGAGCAGGGGAACAGCGUUUGAUCUCCCUGCCGGUCUGCUUCCUCCUCGGAGCCUGGCCGUCUCUGGAAAGGGACUCUGUGUGUGUGUGUGUGUACACGUGCGUGAACAUUUAGCUGUCAGGCUUUCCGUGCAUGUACCAGAAAAGGAGAAAUUAUAAUAAAUAAGCCGCCUUCUGGCCCCUGUG